AUGGUUUAAAUCGAAAAGAUGCGUAUGUUCUGUUAAAAAUUGUUGAUUUUUCUGCCAUUUGAAGAUAAAAUCGGGUUUUUACUAAUUAUUGACGAAGCCCAUCUGCAAAGUUUUCUAAUCGAGUAUGCUUCCACAUGUACCAGUGCAAGCUUAAGUUGAUUUUGUCAUUUUCCUAUUGAGUUCCAUGAAAUUUUCUUCCUUUUUGUGUUCGCGUCUGCACAACUCGUCAAUUGAAGCUUCGUCGAUUGCAGACGACCAGCAUUUGUUUUUGUUUGUUUUUUUUUUUCACCCUAAGCAAAAGAACUAAACCCAUAUAGGACUAUCAUGAUAUGAGUAAUCAUCUUUGGAUAUAUCUCCUUUAUGGGUUGAUGUUUUGCUUCUCAAAGUUACGAGUCAGUCCCUUCCUCUGUGGGCUAAUAUUGCAUAUGAUUUUUCCCUGAGAAUUAUGAAAUCCCUUCUCACAAUAAUAUGGAUCAUGGUUUUUCCCAAAUGGUUUGAGGAAAAAGCUGAUAUGAAUCUGCAGCUUGGCUAAUUUAAUAGUAGCUUACACCGACCUAUAGCGGACAAACUUUUGGGUUGAAGUGGAGUCCUGAAAAGGUCUCUCCAAACUUUCUAGUGAACUGAAAUCUAUUACAUUUUCAAAUUUGAAUCUCAACAAAAACCUGAAGAAUCAGUUGUUUGACAAUAUUAACAUGUAAAUUAAUGAUAUAACAGAAGUUAAUAGUAACCAUUACCGUGAAACUUAACCCGAAGAGCAACAGUCAUGCACACCUUUAGCUUGAAACUUUUGCAACUAAGAUACCUCUACUUUUAUGUUUACAGUUGCGCUUGCUUUUUCCCUCCCAUGAGCAUGGCAUUUUUUCAGAAAUGGUGUUCAUCUAUUUAACUGUCUGAAGAUCUCUAUUUUUGGUCACAAUUUAGGAGAAGCCAUAAAAAUUGGAAUUCUAGUGAGCUUUAAUAGGGGUUAAUCGUCCAUGCAGAAUAUCUGCAAGUUGUUUGCUGCACCAGCUUACCUCUAUCACCAUUAUAUAGGUAGUCAUGUCUUUUUGAAUUUUGGAUAUAUUGUUGUGUCCGAUCAUUUCACUCAAAUUACAUCAUUCUUAAGUUUUCUUUUCCAUCUACUCUUUAUUUAUUUAUUUUAUCAGAUUUUCAAAUAUUCAUGCUCUUUUUUGGAUGUCUUCUAGCUAUAAUGGGAAAAAUAAUUUCCUGGUCUUAAUUAACAUUUUUUUCUAUGUAAGAGCCUUGCAUAUAUCCCUUUAACUUCUUCUGAACCUUGAAUUUUGCAAGCCAAUCUAAACCCAAAAGCCAAACUCUUUAAAGAGCCAAGACCAGAUAAAUAGGAAGAAAGCUGCUCUUCUUAUUUUAGCCCCAUGUUUUGGCAUCUACAUAUCACAGAUUCUAUAAAUGGUCAACCUUUGUAAAAUAUUAAAUUAUCACAAACUUCUUCUAUCAUCUGCAGUUUUACAUUAUUUGUGGAAAUUUCAUUCGGAAAAAUUUUUUGGGAGUUAGAACAUCUGGUGCCUAAAUAGAUCUCUUAUAUAUUUGGGUUACAAUGUCAUAUGGGGAUAAGAGCUGCAAUAUUGUCACACGUCAUAAAAGAUACUCAUACAGAGGACAAUGGAGGAUAGGUAUGAAUAUGUGGAAUAAGAAAAUAGUAGUGAAUGAAAAAAAUAAAAAAGAUAGUAUGUAUACUACUGCCUGGCUAACUGUAAUUCUUCCUUCCUACUACUGGCACGACUGGUCUGUGCUAGUAUUGCAACAAGAUGUGUCCACUAGAAUUGCCAAGUCCUCCAUUUUGUGGCUUUCCCUCUGUACCACUGCAUCGCCACUCCUAUGCACCAGUAUUCUCCAAAUAAUGGUUUUGACAUGAUAAACCCCUUAAUUUUUAGUUUUGAGGUCAUGGGGUUUAAACCUUUGACCUUGUGUGGCCAUAGCAACGUCCCUGCUAUUCGGCCAAGUGCCUAGCACAUGGAUUUGGAACAACUAUUCUUAUCAUUAAUUUGUUCACAAGAUAGCGGAUGUUUCAUUUUUCAAUACUUGGAGUUCCAACUAUACAUAAUUCUUUUUUGCAUGUUGUAUUCAGUGUAUGGAAUUUCAAUUUAGAAGAUGUGGAAUUAUAAUUGAAUAAGGACCAAAUGAAAGGUCACAGUUUUUUGUGUUGGGUUUGCAUGAGGAGGUCAUAUUAGACAUAUAUUAUCAUACGGAGAUGGAGAGAGUUAAUCUGACUGUGAAAUGAGUAACUUUGUUUUCCAGGCCAAUGUGAAAUGGAUAAGUAGUAAUUCGAGCUUUUUCCAGUUGUAGAUAUUAUUAAAUACCUUCUUGAUAUACUUGCGUGGUUUUGUCAAUUUUGUUUUGAUAAUAAUGAGGUUGCAUUUUGAAAUGAGCUGUACAUACAAACUGGUCUUCGUCAUAUUAUAUCACCAUAUCACGAGAAGGGAGAAACAUUCAGAUUUGAUAACAAAAUGAGAAGGUAUUAUUCCUUUUCAGACCUACCAGAUAGGGUGAGUUAGAAAUCAACCAUUAAUGAAUCUUCCAAGAGUAGAUGAUGGAUAAUUUUUCUUUGAUGCAGCUUUCAAAUUUGUCAUAAACAAUGAGAUUUUAUUCUUAAUCGAUAGUAUAUCCACGAUGAUUUCCUCCUAAUACCCUUCUUGCCAACAAAAGGUAGGAUUGCCAAAAUCUUGCACCUGUGUGAGACUUUGUCACCUUUCAAUACUUGCUGGCAUCCUUCAUAAUUUCAACAAAAAACUAGAGGAAUUUUUAUCAUGAAAAUGUUUAUAUAAUAUGUAUAAUUAAGAAGUUUAUCCUCUUCAACAAGUUCAGGCUGUGAGGGAAGUCAAAAAUCUUCAGCAUGUAAAAUAAGGCGAAUCAUCUAAAUUUCACUGAAAAUCAACAUGUAUUAUAAGGCUUAAAAUGUUUGGACAAGCAUUGAAUAAAAUCAUGAAGGUGCUGAAACUAAUCUUUCAUAUUAUUGAAUAAAAUCAUCAUCAAUGUUCGGUAUCAUCUAGGCAUACAAAGAUUAGUCCUGAUACCAAAAUUUGCCGAUGAAAUCCACUAACAGGAGGGAGUCUUUUUUUAAGAGGUUGCUACUUUUGUAAUUCACAAUCAUCUUGGGUUAUGAUCUUCAGAGUUUCUCCAACCACUCCCUAUAAUAUGCAUUCUUCUCAACUUUCGAAACCCAUCCUCAUUCCUGCUGUUCUUUUUUUUUUUUUUUUUUUUUUUUUCCCUUGAUGCAACUGAUAUAAAUUUUGUUAUAAAUACUUGUUGCGGAAAAAAAGAAGACGUAUUAGUUGUUAAAAUAAUAGCCUUUUCAUGGUAUUGCUAAUUGAACUUCAAACAAGCUGGUUUCGCUGUUUAGCUCUUACUUUGCCGUGUUAGUGUGUGAUGCUGGUUUCACUGGUUUUGCCACUUUUGACAGUCUUUUCAUCUCGGCACCCUUCUACUGGCUAUGACUCCUUGUCAUUCUGAGUAUAUAGGAGUACUACAGUUUAUUGUCCAAAAGCAAGCAAGAAAGAGUUUGCAGUUAUUCGGUCGGAGAAAAACUUGAAGGAAUUCUCCUUGUGUUACAAAGAUAAGAAGAAACUCUCUAUGAGCAGUUAUGAUCUUUCAGGAUUUGUGGAUCGUGUACACAUGUUCUAAGUUCAAAUGGAAAAGUGGAACUGGAGGUCAUGGGCAUCUCUUGGCAAGAAAAGAAUCUGAGCGAUUGAGACUAUUACUGUCCAUAACUCAGUAACAAAGUGGAGUCGAUGCAAUGCGCUGCUUGAGCUUAAAAACCUGGACAAAAUGCUGAAGAUGUCUUGGUGAAUAUGGAGCAAGAACCAUCGGACUUCCUCCAGGAUGCCCUUCUUCCUGUCAUGAAGGGUCUUAUAGCUGAAGCUCUGUUCAAACAUUGUAACGAGGAUGUUAGAGUUACAGUGGCAUCUUGCCUCAGUGAGAUUCUGAGGAUAGCAUCGCCAGUGCAGCCAUAUAAUGACGAUCAGAUGAAGGCAAUUUUUCAACUGAUCGUGGAGGCUCUUUCAAAGCUAUCUCAACCCUCGACACGGAGUCAUGAAAAGGCCCUUUCUAUGCUGGAAACCAUUGCAAGGGUCAAGGCAGGUCUGCUAAUGCUUGACCUUGAAUGUGAGGCACAAAUUCUUCAUAUGUGCCAACAUUUCUGGGUAUUUACUAGGUUAAAUCCAUCUGCUGAUGAAUGCUGGGCCGUGGAACAAAUAAUGGCUGACAUCCUUGCUGAAAGUGAAGAUAUCAGCUCAGAUCUUCUGAUCCGUCUCCUGGAUAGUGUGCUCAAGGAGAAUGAGAAAGUGUCACCUUCCAGUUGGAAAUUGGGAGAGAAACUGAUCUUGGAUUGUGCAGCAAAGCUGAGACCACUUAAGGGAGCACUUCAUUCAAUAGGCACCACUUUGGAUGAUUAUUCUUCUGUAGUGGCUUUGCUAUGCCAAAAUGAAUCUACUACUCUGAAUAAUGCUACUAGUGGUUCUCCUGAACACGGCAUCGCUGAUCUCCUAGGCUCCAAGGGUUCAAUACUUCCCAGGAAAAGGGAACCAAAACCCAAUUCACUCAUGAGACCUGAGGAAGGUUAUGUUCUUUCUUGGCUGUACAGAGAGGGUCAAACUACUGAACAGCGCCAUAAAAGAAGGAUCUCCAUGAGCAGAACUGAUCUUUCAGCUAUGCCCACGGUUUCUACAAUAAAUGUGGAGACUUUGCAAGGUGAGGCAGCUCUGCUCCCUGUUGAUCUUAGAGAUCAAAAAAUGAAGCUGCCAGCUGAAGGAGGAAAUGACACUAGUAAAGGCACCUCAAGGGAGUCUGAGGUGCUUGCUGACGGAUUAAUUGGUCGGAGAAUAAAGGUCUGGUGGCCAUUGGAUGAGAUGUUCUAUGAUGGCCGAAUUGAAUCUUACAACCAUAUAACAAAAAAGCACAAGGUUUUGUACGACGACGGGGACAAAGAAAUCUUAAACCUUGAGAAGGAACGUUGGGAGUUCAUUGAAGAUGAUUUGCCAGAUGAACAUCGACAGGUGGCUGUUAAUCCCGACCCUAUUACUUCAUCCGUCGUAGUGAGAAAGUUGAAUGGGAAUGAAAGAAGUUUUCAGUCAACGAAGAUAUUGAACAGCAAAGAUGAUGUUAUAAGAGCCGAAGCAACCACCGGAUUGCUAGAAGUUGAAGAAGCUCCAAAUAUGGGCAACAAAAUUAUAGGUCAAGGUGAGUCCAGUAAUGAUGAAAGCUCUGAGGACAACGUCUUUGAGUUCCGGGCACGAUCAAAGGAUGUGCAACUUCAAAAUCAUAGUACAAGCACGUCUGAUGGUGACGAAAGCUCCGAGAAUAAUGUCUUCGAGUUCAAGGCUCGAUCAAAGGAUGUCCAGGUAGAAAAUCCUAAUAUGGGCACAUCCGAUGAUUCGAUUGCAGAAGCUAGCCUGCCAAGAGUAACCAGGGUUCGAUCAAAGGAUGUGCAACUCGAAAAUCCUAGUACAAGCACAUCCAAUGAUUUGACUCCAGAAGCCAGCCCACCUAGAGCGAUCAGAGUUCGGUCAAAGGAUGUGCAACGCAAAAAUCCUAGUACAAGCACAUCCGAUGAUUCUACUCCGGAAGCCAGCCCACCUAGAGCAGUCAGGGUUCAAUCAAAGGAUGUGCAGCUAAAAAAUGCUAGUUCAAGCACAUCGGAUGAUUCAACUCCAGAAGCUAGCCCGCCUAGACCUUGGGGACUGAUGCGGAGCCAAUUUCGGCAUCACUAACUUGAAAGCCGGGGUGCAGGGCAUGGAAAACAGCUACAGUUUGGGUAAAAUGAUAGGUGUAAUAGAUAUUAAGAAGGCAUUGAUAUGAAAGAGCUUACAAUUAGGCCCAUGUACAAAGAUACAGAGGUUGAAAUUCCUAAUGUCCGGGAGCAUUUAGUUAUCAGCCCUUGUAUAGGCAUAGAUUUUUUCUUGCUUUUGUAAAUGUGAUGAUUAUAGUCCUUUUCUAUACAAUAGAAACGCAAGCUUGUAUAUGGAUUGCAUUCGUUUUGUCUAAAAUUAAAGUUUCAUUCUUUUA